CCCGCCUGUUAUUGCUCCCAAGAUGGCAUCUUGAACAGUGCAUUCUCUUGUUGAUGCAAUAUAAUCGGUAAGAAUUUUGCAAUAUACAUUUCUCAAUUUUAUUAUCAAAACAGUUUCAAAGGAAUGCGAAAUGAAACUGCUAUUAAAUCUUGCUAUAACCUCGUCUAAACGACUGUUGUACCCAAAUACCAAUCUAUUAAGUCAUACUCCAUGCUGGAGAAAAAUGGCGAGCGAAGUGGAAAGAGCCCAAACUGCUGCUCCCGGAGGAGACACUAUUUUUGGCAAAAUACUUCGCAAAGAAAUAUCUUGCAAAUUCAUAUAUGAGGAUGACCAGUGCGUUGCAUUUCACGACGUCAACCCCCAAGCACCGGUGCAUUUUCUGGUGAUUCCACGAAAACCGAUCCCGCACCUCUCGACAUCCGGGGACGAAGACGAGGCAUUGCUGGGUCAUUUAUUGGUAGUCGCGCGAAAAGUGGCGAAACAGCAAAAUCUCAAUGACGGUUUUCGUUUAGUCAUCAACGACGGCAAACACGGUGCACAAUCGGUGUACCAUUUGCAUCUGCAUGUCCUUGGUGGUCGUCAAAUGCAGUGGCCUCCUGGUUAAGGAACCUCGCUUAUAUUCCAAUUAACAAAACAUUAAAUGGUAUUGUAACCUUGUGUUAUUAAGGGUUAUUUAAUAAUAAAACAACAAAAAUAAAAAUCUGAA